GAAAACGGAGAGAGAAAUGGACAAAAACGACACAGAAGUCACAAAUACACUAUAAUAAUUAUUGCGCGUAUGUUUCGUGCGAGGUGUGUUGCGGUGGGGAGUUGAUAGUGGCCGAUUUUGUGUUUUCGUUUUGUUGGCUCUAGACUUCCCGAGUCCCGGUGCUGGUUGUCAGAAAGCACCAAACGGUUACGGGAUUCGCAUCUACCUGUCGCUCCUCGCUUACAUUAGUGAUUUUAGGUAUUUGAUUAUUAUGUCCGGACGGAAAACGACCACGGAAGACCAGACGUCUCAGGUAAAACCGCCAGUAGACCGGUGCGCAUUUAUCGGUACCAGGUUACCGGGUAUUCGACGCUAAACAGUCGACGUGCCACCGAGUACCGACAGCAGCAGUGGCAGUAGCAGAAGUCUGUUUACUGUUGUAGCGGUCCGAUUGUUGAUGCCGUUGAUGAUCGCGUUGACGGCUGCAGUACAUCGACCUAUUGUUGGUUUCUCAAGGAUGCUAGUAUAUCAAUUUUGAACAGACUCGCAGUCCUCAACGACGGAAUACAGGGAAGGUACACCAAAUGCUUGAUAUUUAUUCAAAUACCCAUCUGACGUCGUCACCAUCGGUUGUAUUUAGACAACAGUGCUUUUGACAUAUUCAGUCUUUAACUCAAGAACGGUGAAGUACGACCAACCGUUAUAAACAUGCUCAAGUUUAUCCGUGGCAAAGGCCAACAACCUUCGGUUGAGCGACAGAAGAUCCAAAAAGACUUGUUUGCGUUCAGAAGGACUCUUCAGUAUGGGUUUCCAAAUAAACCAACAGCACUUUCAUGGGACCCACUAUUACGUAUUAUGGCAAUUGGAACUUCAACUGGAUCAAUUAAAGUGUUGGGUAAAACUGGUGUUGAAUUUUAUGGUCAUUUACCAUGUUCAGAUCAUGCAAUUACAAAGUUAAUAUUUGUACCAAAUCAAGGUCGCCUGGUGUCAUUGUCUGAUGACAAUAGUCUUCAUUACUGGGAAAUAAAUGACAUGGCCAUUGAUGAAGUUCAAUCAUACUUAUUAGAGGGAAAGCUUAAGCAAAUAUCAUCAAUGUGUUUGGAAUCUAGUUGUGAGAACUUAUUACUGGGAACUGAAGGAGGAAAUAUAUUUUUUAUUAAUUUGUCUACAUUUGAAUUAUCAGAUAACAUUAUUUAUCAAGAUGUUGUGAUGCAGAAGGUUUCAGAUGAGUAUAAAAAGAAUCCUGGUGCAGUUGAAGUAAUUGCAGAACAACCGGGAAAUCCAAAUCAUAUUUUGAUUGCCUAUAGUCGAGGAUUAAUCGUUUUAUGGGAUCGCUUAAACUCAGUUGCUGUAAAAACAUUUGUAAGUAGUCAACAAGUAGAAAGUGUAUGUUGGGAAGAAAAUGGGGAUAGCUUUUAUUCCUCUCAUAAUGAUGGGUCUGUAACACUUUGGAAAAUAAAUGAAACUUCAGACGAAAAUGAAAACACUAAAACAAUUUAUGGUCCAUUUCCAUGCAAACCAAUAUCUAAAAUAAUUUGUCAACAAUCGGCUCAAGAUCUCAACGAACAAUUCCUAAUAUUUUCUGGUGGUAUGCCACGGGCGUGCUAUGGUGAUCGCCAUGCAGUUACUGUUCGAUUGGGAACUACUAAACAUGUAGCUUUUGAGCUUACUUCUAAAAUUAUUGAUUUUUUUACUACCACUGCUUCAGUUGAUGAAAAAGGCUGUAGUUUUCUUAUAAUUCUGGCUGAAGAAGAAAUAGUUUGUAUUGAUUUAUCUACUGAAGAUUGGCCAUUGGUUCAAUUACCAUAUCUUGUGUCCAUCCAUGCAAGUGCUAUAACAUUUACAACUUUUGUUUCUGAUUUAAACGAAGAUCUUUGGAAUAGUAUAAUUGCUAUUGGAAAUUUACAAAAUGAGAAUAAUUUUUCCUCAAAUGAGUGGCCUGUUGAUGGUGGUAAAGCAAACUUUGAAGAUGAACAAAGUAGAGAUCUUUUGAUAACUGGCCAUGAAGAUGGUUCUGUCAAAUUGUGGGUUGCAAAUGCAACUCCAUUACUUCCUAUUCAUGUAUUCAAAUCAUCCUGGGUAUUGGUUGGCGAUGAUGCUGAUAACCAUUCCAGUAAUAGUGUAGCUCCAGAAGAAGAUGAAGAAGAGUGGCCACCCUUUAGGAAAGUUGGAAAUUUUGAUCCUUAUUCUGAUGAUCCUCGAUUAGCAAUUAAAAAAGUUAUUCUUUGUCCUCGAACUGGUACAAUGAUUGUUGCUGGUACAGCUGGUCAUGUUAUAGUAUCCAAAUUUAAUGAUCAGCCUUCUUCUAAUGAAAUAAAGGCAAUACAAAUGAAUGUUGUUGGAGAAAGUUUUGUUUGGAAAGGUCAUGAGCGUUUAAGUUUAAAACAGACCGGAGAUGAAGCUAAUAAUAAUAAUGGAAAAAAUAUGACUUGUCUUACUUUUAAAGCUGGAUUUCAACCGUCAUCUGUUUUACAAGUAUAUCCUCCAGCAUCAAUUACAGCUGUAGCUUUACAUUCAAAUUGGUCUUUGGUUGCUGCUGGUACUGCUCAUGGAUUAGUGCUUUAUGAUUAUUAUCGACAAGCCCCUGUUUUAACAAAAUGUACUUUAAACCCCAAUGAUUUGUCCACUGCUGGAGAUACUCCUAUUUCUAGAAGAAAAUCAUUUAAGAAAUCUUUAAGAGAGUCAUUUAGAAGACUUCGAAAAGGAAGAAAUUCUACCAGAAUAAUAAAUGAUAAAAAAGGAGCAAGCAUUACACCUGAUAAAAAACGAGAAAAUAUUGGACCUAUAUCUCCAAUGGAAGCACGACCUGUUGAACGGGCAAUUGAAGCAAGACCAGUUGAUGAUGCAUUGGGAAGUAUGGUUCGAUGUUUAAGUUUCACUAAAACAUUUAUUGUUACAGCUUCCCAUAUUACUCCGACAAUGUGGGCUGGUACUAACAAUGGUUCUGUAUACAUUUUUACUAUAAGUAUACCGCCAAGUGAUAAACGAAAAGAAAGACGAGUCACUGCGCAAUUAGGAAAAGAAGUUCAGUUAAAACAUCGUGCACCCGUUAUUGGAAUUACUGUGAUUGAUGCAGAAAAUCGAUCAGUUACUGAAGUUCAAGAAAAUAGCAUUCCAGGUAAACCUUUAGAUAUAUGUGGUCCCCACAAGGUCAUUAUUGCAUCAGAAGAACAAUUUAAGAUAUUUUCCUUACCUAAUUUAAAACCUAUAUGCAAACUUAAAUUAACUGCAGCUGAAGGUGCUCGUGUUCGCCGAAUGUCAAUGGCCUAUUUUAAAACAAGUGAUUAUGCAGAAAGUUGUCUUCUUUGUCUCACGAAUUUAGGUGAAGUAAUAGUACUAAGUGUACCAGACCUCCGAAGACAAAUACAUGCUGCAGUUAUUCGUAGAGAAGAUAUCAAUGGUAUUUCAAGUUUGGCAUUCACUCGUUAUGGUGAAGCAUUAUAUUUACAUUCAAGUAGUGAACUGCAGAGAAUUUCUGUGUCUGCAACUAGUGUCACACAAGUUGAUUGUUCUUUGAAUUUACCUACUAGAGAUCGACCAUCAAACAGUCGUUCUAUUACUCCUAUUAAUGAUUACACAGAUGAUGAACAAGACGAUUUUCCAAAAGUAAAUGGAUUAACAAAUGGUACUCAAGAAAAUGGUGAUAGUAAUUCCCAAUUAAACAAUAGCAAUGAUCUCUCAGUUGGUGAUAUUACCAUAGACUCCAUUAAAGACCAUUUGGGAAAUUCAAGUACUAAUCUAAAUGUAACAUCAACAUCAAACAAUGUUGAUGUUAAUAAUCAUCAGAAAACUGUUACAAAACAUGAAUUGUCAUCUACUACCACAACUACAGUAAAAACAUCAAAUUCUACUACAGUUAUUACUAAUGAAACAAUCACAGUUGACAAUCUAUCCACAAGUUUAGUUGUAGAAGAUGAUCCAUCAACACAGUCCAAAUUUGAGAUACAUAGAGCUCCUUUAGCUCUCAUGGAAGACCUAGAAGUAGAGACAACUGCAUAAUGUGAUAACUAACGAUGUGUGUGAUUGACAUAACAUUAAUUCAAUGUUUAUUUUAUUCACGCUGUAUAAAUCAAUAAGUUGAAAAUUUUUGUCUUAAUAUUUAUUUAAGUUAUUUACUACUAACAAAAAAAAAUUUUAAUAUGACUCAAGUAAAAUGUUGUACCUGCUAUUCUGGUAACAUUUUGACAGAGCUAUCACAUAUUUUAUAUUGUUUUUUUUUUAUACUGGCUAAUUUAUAAUAUAUAAUUGGCACUUUACCAUUCCUAACUCAAAUUUAUUAAUGGUGCCCUAGUUAAGCAUAGAAAAUCUAACAAUUUAAAAAAAUGAUAAAAACUAUAUUUUGACAAAUUUUUUUAAAACUUUUAUUUGUUGUAUGUUAAAAUAUAAAUUUAUUUUGUCAUAGUAUGCACUAAAUUCAAUAUAUUUUUAAGAGUUACAUAAAGUAAAUAUUUAAGUUUAUUAUUGAGAAUAGUUGUACAAAAAAUCAUAUUUAGCAAGAUUGAUAAUACAGGUAAGACAGAUAAUAAUGUAAUAUUAUACUUAUUAAAUCCUUACUAAAAAUGUAUAACUAUUUUCAAAUAAAAUUUAUUUAUUUUUUAAUGUAUCAUUAUCAAUUUAAUACGUUUAUAAACUAAUCACAGAUAUAGAAUUUUAUAUCGUAUUUUAUGUUGUACAAUGGUGUUGAGUAAAGUAUAAAUUUACUUCAAAUACAUUCCUUUAUAUUAAAACUUUGAUUUUUUUUUUUUAUUAUUAUUAAAUAAUUUUGUUUUUUGGUCAUUCGAUUUUCUGUUUAUUCAAUAUAAUUCUUUUGUGAAUUAUUUUACUUUAUGUUAUAUUGUAAAAAUGUAAUGUAAAGAGAAGAUCUUUUUCAACUGUGGAGUUUUCUAUUUCUAUUAUCAUGUUUUUAUUAUAUUUUGUUUGUAUAUACAUUAGUCAAUUAUUUAUUUUAAUUUUUAUACUUAAUCAACUAAUAUUUUAAACAAAAUUGUAUUUUAUACCAUAGAUCAACUUAUAUGUAUAUUUAAUUUUUUAUUUAUUAGAUUCUAAAUGCCGUUUUUGGCUAAAUACCAUAUAAUUAAUUAUUUAUAUAUAAUAUAACUAUAUAUUUUUACAUGAUUUUUAUAAUGUUUAAAUUGUCUUUUAUUUGUUAAUUUUUAUAUGUAUUAAUCACUUUGUAAUUUAUUGCUUUGAACAUCAACUUCAUUGUUGUAUGUCUUUAAUAAUCCUUUCCAGCCGUUAAACUAGGAUUACUAAACUAAUAUAACUUAUUGAUUAAAAAUGUUAAAGGUGAUGGUUUGUACUAUAGUUUUAAUAUUAAUAUAUUUUUUUUAAAUAUA